AAUGCAUGUACGAUUAUAAUUUCGUGGAACGUUUCUUUGUUAUUGUUUUACAUCCGAAAACACAGACCAGCUGAUCAAUCUUCUGUCGGAAAAGCUACGUUACCAAAUAAUCUAAAUGGAAUCACAUCUUGUCGGGUUACGGGCAGAACUACACAAGAAACGUGUAGAGGCUAGUAAGUAUGGAGCUGUUCAAAAGGGGUCGACUAGAAAAAAGGACCAAAAACCCAGCAAGUCAAAUUCAUUUAAUUACCAGAAUGCAGGUGUUGCAAUUAGAGAUAUCAAAGACAAACAGCAAGAAAAAGAAGAGGCUCAAAGUGAUGAAAAAGUCAGGUCCACAUUAGAAAAGAAGGCACAACUGUAUGAGAAGCUGCAUGGUGGCAUUGAGGCACUGGAAGAUGAUGAGCUUAAUGAAAAAUAUUUAGUUAAUUUUCAGAGGAAAAUUGUAGAUGAAGUAAAGGAAAGAAAAAGAAUUCGGGAGACUGAGGAAAAAAUAAAAGCAAAGCAAGAGGAAUAUGAAGAGCUGUACCCAGAAGAUUAUAAACCAAAAGGAAAGGAUGAAGAAUGGUAAGUUAGGGUUGAGUACACUGAUGUAUUGGGUAGGACGAGAGAGUGCAUGAGGAAAGAUUUACCCACCAUGGUAGAGCAAGACAAAAAUUUGCUAGGAGAAGACCAAGAUGAAGAUACUCAAGAAGAACAGCUGAUAUCAGGAGAAAAGUAUCGGGAAAAGCUUAGAGAAAAGUGGGAACGAGAGGCUGAAAUAAAUGCUUUUAAAAAAGAUAUUCAUUACCAGGAUGUCAUGUAUAACGAGGCCCGGCAACAUGGCACCGGUUAUAUGAAAUUCUCGACAGAUGAGAAGGAAAGGAAAGAACAGAUGGAUAUGCUGAAAGAGAUGCAUGAAGAGGCACGUCGAUCAGAACAUACAAAGAAGAUUACAGAGGCCAAAAAACAAAAGCUUUUAAAGGCACGGUUAGAAAAGGUGCGCCAGCGUAAGAGGUUAAAACUUGGAUUACCCAUCAAAGGUCUGUUCUUGUCUUUGUGUCUUAAUGACUAAUGUAAGGUUCAGAUC